AUGUUGGUGGCUGCGGAGGGCGGGAGGGAGGGGGGGGGGCUGCAACGGGGCUGCGCGGGGGGGGGGCCGGGCACUGACUCCUCCUGCUGCUGCUGCUGCUGCUGCUGCUGCUGCCGCCGUCGCCACGCAGGUCCCUCCGCCGCCGGGGCGCUCCCGCCUCCUCCGCGCGGUCCUGCCGGAUACCGGGGCGGCAACGGCGCCUCUUACUCCCCUCGCGCUCCCUCGCCCAGAGCCGCCACCGCCGCCUCCUCCUCUGCUGCUGGCGAGGGGCGGGCACGCGGCGCGCAUGCGCGGCCCACCCCCCCGCCCGGCCGGGCCACGGCGGCCGCACCGCGCGUGCGCACCGAGCCCCCCGCCCCGGGCGCGCUGUGCCGCGGGCGGCGCGAUGCGCAGGCGCACUGCACUCCGCGCACACACACACGCCGGGGAGGCCUCGCGUGCGCAGCCGUGGGGAUGCCGCGCCCCCCGACCGCCCUUAGCCGGGCUCUCAUUGGUCGGAGAGCGCUGGAGGGCGUGGCCGCGGCGCGGAGACACAGAGGACGGCGCGCGCGGGACGGCGGGAGCGCGCGCGGGCACCGACCCGUUGGUGCGGCCGGGAUGGGGCCCGUCCCCUCCCCCGCCCGGGAGACAUCCGAGGCAUUUCGGGACCCCCGAUCCCCAAACGGGACUCAGAAGGCUGAGGUCGCGCUGCCUGAGGCGUUGCCCCGGGACUGGGCUCAGCGUUUCCCUGCCAGGAGUGAAGCGGCGUUUCCAACCCUGCCGUGCUCUGAGGAUGUGGCGUCCACGUCUCCUGCGCUGCCUGCCUUACCUGGGACAUGGCACAAAGCAAUCAUGGAAUCACCAAGGUUGGAAGAGACCUUUAAGAACAUCAUAUCCAAUGUUCACCCCCACUGCCACUACAAAGCAGAAGAGACCGGCCUCCACCCUUCCUUUCAGGUGGUUGUGGAGAGCGAUGAGCUGUCACUUCCCACCAGUUAUGUCCUCACUUCUGCUGCCACCCUCAAGGGCUGUGCCCCGCGCCCUUUGCCGGCGCUGCCACUCGCGCCCCCGGCGGCGCGGCGGGACCAGCCGGACCACAGCACAGCCGCGGCGGGAGAGACCGAAGGGAAAGAAGCAGCCUCCGCAGGACCCACGGCUCUAACGAAGGUGCCGGGACAGGCCUCACCCCUCUCCCGCAAGGAGCCACCACCCCCGCAGCACCACCGCUCCGCGCCCUUCCCCAACAUGGCCUCACCCGCCUCACUUUACCGCUCUCCCGGAGGGCUCGUCGCUCGGGUGACGUCACCGCGCGCCCGUUUCCAUGGGAACCGGAGGCGCGGGCGGUGGGAGCGACCCGGGCCGCGACCGCCGGGAGCGACUUCGGAACCGCCGGGCCCUCUCCGGACCCUCUCCGGUCUCGGCAUGUUCGCGGACAGAACCGCACCCGGUGCCGACGUGCCGUCUCUGUGGAGGAGCGCCCGGAGCGCGCGCUGCGAGGCGAAAACUUGCCAGACUGGGAAGAUUUCAACAGCAGAAGCUGCAGCACAGUCUCAUACAGCCCGAGAUGCUGUGGUGCAGACAGAGCAGAGCAAAGAUGCUGUUCAAGACUUCCAGCAAGAAGUUCAAAUAGAUUACACUGGGCUUCUGUCAUUCCUUAAGAGAGUGGAGGAUGCUGUUAUCAAAGAGCUGAAUAAGAACUGGAAAAGUCAUGCCUUUGAUGGCUUUGAAGUGAACUGGACAGAUCAGGAUGAAACAGUGUUGUGUUUGCAUACAUUGUCAUACCCAGAGGCUCAGGAUCAAAACCUGCAGGUCACCAGUGUUUCAUGGAAUGCCACGGGAUCUGUCAUUGCAUGUUCCUAUGGCCGGUUGGAUGAUGGGGACUGGAGCACAGAAAAAUCCUAUGUUUGUACCUGGAAUCUGGAUAGAAGAGGGUUGAAUUCACAGCAACCUGACCUGGUGGUGGAUGUUCCCAGUUCUGUCAUGUGCCUGGCUUUCCAUCCCUCCCAGCCAUCACUGAUAGCUGGUGGUCUGUUCAGUGGGGAAUUGGUAGUGUGGGACACCAGCAGGACAGAAGACCCUGUGAUCUGGAGGACAGGGAUGACAGAUGACACCCACACUGACCCAGUGUAUCAGGUUAGCUGGUUACCUGGCACCAAGCACAGAAACCACGCCCGGCUCUUGAGUGUGGCAACAGAUGGGAAGAUCCUCGUGUGGAGGGAGGAGCGGGAUGGGCGGCUGGCCUUGGCUGAAGGAUUUGCCAUUGUGGCUCAGCAGGUCCCUCGCAGCACUCGGCUGAAGAAGGUGGCCUGGGGAGGGGCAGCCGUGGGUGUGACCUCGCUGUCCUUCUCCCACUUCGAUGCCGACGUGUUCAUUGUGGGUGUGGAAGGCGGGUAUUCCCUGAGGUGCUCUGCCUUGGCCCAGGCCCGGGCUGUCCCGUGGCCGGGUGGCUCCGUCCCGCUCAGGGCACCGGCGGAAUUCGCCUUCUCUCCUCACGCUGGGCCCGUGUACUCCGUGAGCUGCUCCCCCUUCCACAGGAACCUCUUUCUGAGCUGUGGGACCGAUGGACAAAUUCACUUGCACUCCAUGUUGCAGACACAGCCCCUCUUUGCUCUACAGUUAUCAAAGAAAUACCUGUUCUGUGUAUGCUGGUCUCCAGUCCGACCACUGGUUUUUGCAGCUGCGUCUGGGGAAGGAGAGGUGCACCUGUUUGACCUGGCAAGGAGCAUGCAGAAGCCCACAGUGUCCCUGAAGCAGUCCCUGAAAGACUGCCCUGUGUAUUGUUUGGAAUUCAACACCAAGCACACGCGGCUCCUGGCAGCAGGGGAUGCUGCUGGGACAGUCAAAGUCUGGCAGCUGAGCUCCGACUUCAUCGAGCAGGGACCAAGGGAAAUGAGUCACCUGGAGCAGCUGGCAAGUGAGAUCAUGGACUGA